UUGAGAUCUCACCUCCAUCUCACCACCCACUCGACCAUUUUCCCUUGGAAAAAAAGAACGCUGGUCAGCUCUUUAGGCACACGGUUCCCCGCUGUAAGACGGCGGCGAGCGAGCCCUGACCCAGUCAGAGGAAGGGGAGGUGCUCUAACAGGAAGGCCUGCCCACCCUCCCCUGGGGACAGGCUGGAGUCCCAUCAUAAAGUCUACGGAGGGGAAGCUCAGAGCAAUCCCCAAACCCAAGCUAAACAGCGCGUGCGCCUUUAAGAGGAGCGCGUGACCCUAUAAAACAACAUGUUAAACACAGAGCCAGGUGGGUGGAUAAGAAAGGACCGGCCCCUUCCGGUGACGUAAUCUCAGCAAGAUGGCGGCGCCCAGGGCGUCCCUGCAUCUGGUGGCCCCAAUAUGGAAUAGGGGUACCAGGGGCAUCCGUGGUCUGAGCAAUACAGUGGCCCCAGAGGGCAAUCAGAGGAAGGGGAGGAUGCUGCUCAAGUUCCUUACUGACCGAUUCUAUGACGUGGAAGCCCUGAGGGAGUACCUGCUCCAAAAGCAGAUGUCAAAAGUGCACAAGGAAAAUCGGUCCUUCACCCACAUGAAGGAGAGAUACGGCCCAUACGUCGCAGGAGCCUAUUUCAUCCUGAGGCAGGGAGGCGCAGUCAAGUUCCAGGGCAAAGAGUGGAUUCGGUCCCCUGGGCGUGGCCACUCCUUUCUCCAGUUGUUGGAUUUCCAGGCAGUACCUGUAGAGGCUGUGGAUGCCAGUGGCUGUGCCAUCAACUAUGAAGGCCUGGACAACCUCUUGGCCCUGAAGGAGCUGCAGUCCCUGUCUCUGCAGCGCUGUCCCCAUGUGGAUGACUGGUGUCUCAGCCGCCUCCACCAGCUGGCCAACUCAUUGCAGGAGCUCUCGCUGGCUGGUUGCCCCCGAAUCUCCGAACGGGGCCUUGCCUGCCUCCACCACCUCCAGAACCUCCGCAGGCUGGACAUCUCAGACCUCCCUGCCGUGUCCAACCCAGGCCUCACUCAGAUCUUGGUGGAGGAGAUGCUACCCAACUGCGAGGUUCUGGGGACCGAGUGGGCCCAGGGCCUGAAGUCGGGGCUGCGGGAGCAGUCUCAGGACACAGCCAGCCCCGCCCCUGCCUAGUCACGCCCUGUCCCCAUCCAGCUGGAUCUCAGCGGGGCUGUGUUGAGUGCCUGACGGUUCUACUUCUGGCUUCCAGUUGGGCUUUCUCAUUCUGGGGGCUGGGGUGGGAUGAGGGGUGUGGCAUUGGCAGAUCGGGGAAGGAGAGCAUGUGGUCCCCACCUCAUGGGUGCCUUAGCUGGCUGCACUCUAGACUGAAGGUCACAGCUCCUGUCAGCCUGUCACGGAGCCCUUGCCACACACUUCAAGUUCUAGUAACCUCCUCCUGCCUCUCCAAGCCAGGGGCAGGUAAAGACUCCUGGCUGCAAGUAGCCCCAGGGAGCUGCCUUCUCCCUUGUGGCCACCGCACCUUGCCCACUAAUGUCAAGAGACUGUUCUCAAGUUAACCUCAUUUAGGUGUGCUUCUGUUUCCUCCCGGGACCCUACUGAUAUAGGAGGUGCUCCUGGCGUUCCAGAGGGAUGGUUCUUCCAUGUGGGACUAGUCAGCUCCCCGCAGGCAGGGUACAGCAUCUCUGGCCCACACUCACUAAAUGCCAGUAGCGCCCAAGUCCUGUGGUGUUCCGGCUUAUCGAUUUGACUCAGCUCCAAAUUCAACUUAUCUGCACUGUAAAAACUGAUCUGGGCCUUUGAAAUACUUUCCUUUGCUAACUGGCAUAAGCCUGUCAGUAGGAGGCGCUCGAGAGACUUUGCCGGAGGCAAGGCUUUUACUUCCUGGUUCCUGGUUCCUGUUCAGGUGUGCGGCUCCUGUCUCCCUGGUGGCUUCUCCAUCGCCAGGGGGUCAGCAGCCUCCCCUGGCACCCUGCCCCACCCCGCCCCACCUAGCAGUUUCCUAGAGGAGUGCUUCCACUGCAGCACCUCCUGUGAAUCACCACCACACCCCAGAGGUGAUUCCCAGUAAAUUCCAAGGCACUUUACCAGUGACCCCCUUGUCACUUCAAUUCACUGUUAAAGUUAUUAAUUCUUUAUAUUAAACUUGCCCUGUUCAAA